UUGUACGAGAUUUUUUCAUUAAAUAUUUUAACAAUUCAUAAAUAUGUCUCAAGAAAUGAAUAUUUUAUGCUGUUUUUCCUGUAAAAUGUAUCAGGUCCAUAUAGUUAAAAAAGCGAAAAAAUGGCAGUGCAAAAUAUGCAACGUGAAACAGUCAUUCAGUCGGGUUUAUUUCCAAGGAUCAGGGAAAGAUUGUCGUAUUCAUGUUCAAAAAUUAAAUGCUACGAAAGAGUAUGAAAAUCAACCAAGUACAUCAUUUGUAAUGGGCAAUGAUAUGCAUUAUGGUAGUUGUGACAAUGAUUGUUUUGAGCAGACUAAGUUAGAAGUAGAUAAAAAUAGGAAGACAAAAUAUUUAAAUACAUUGUCCAAAGAGACUCUAUGUAGCACUUUCCAAACUUCAAACCAUGAGAAUAAUAGAGAAAAUGAUAACUCUAUGCAUCUGAGUAAUAACAAUAUGAGAUACGAAUGCUUCCAAAGUACUCCUUGUUAUGAAAAUAAUAAAAUAGAAAAUUCCUAUUGCAAUGGAAAAGAAUGGGAUAAUACCAUAGCUCAAGAAUCAUUUAAUGAUAAGUCAAAUGAUAAUACAGAUAGCAAAAAAAAUAUUUUUGGCAAGAACAUAACAGAAGCCAAAGAUAUAACAAAUAUUUUUGAUGAUAAUGAGGAUUUUGAUAUUACAAUUGACUUUUAA